AUGUCCACUCCAGCUGAAACCUCUUUUGCCGAACUUAAGGCAAUCACUAGGCAGAUUGUUGACAUUGUCCGCGCGGCUCGGCUCCUCCCACCCGGCAACAGCCACUUGGCUCUGAAAGCACAAGUCACUGAACUGGUGGCUAAGGCCGUCUGGGACCAUGAGGCUUCACCUUGCAUUCCGGGCAUAGUCUUGUCCUGCUCCAAGGAGUUACUUCGCGUUCGGCAGUUGUCCCCCCAGGAUUCGCCCAACUGGCACAGCAUCGGCCAUAACAAUCUUCACCUCCAGAGGCACAGCUGGCGCCACAAGGUCUCCGCAUGGGAGGCUUUAGGCGACCGGACAUUCGAUCUUCCGGUCGAUGCCCCCAAAUCCCCUGACACUGUCGCGGUCGACCUUCCCUCCCCACCUGCCGUCGCUGGCAGCAUUGCUGGCCCAUCGUCCAGCACCAUCGAUGAGUCCCGGGAGAAGCAUGAGGAUAAGGGUAAGGGUAAGGCGUUAGAUGCUGACCCGGAACCUGAGGCGGACGGGAGUAGGGAGAGGAAAUCGCCCCUGAUUUCGGGACCCUCCUGCCAACCGCUGAAAUCCGUGAUGAAGAGUCGCAAGAGGGCAAAGUCAGCUCGGGUUGUGAAGUCAGCCGAGUUUGUGGAGUCCAAGGACGAACCUGUGGACAAGCCGGCUGCCAAAGGAGGGCCGGUCAUCUUACUUCAUCGUCUCACCUCAGUCUUGCCCCGGAUCCCCAAGAAGAGACCUUUCAGCCUGGUGAAGGUAAUUGCCGGAAGGCGUGCGGACGUCGCCGGGCAGACCGACUCGACGUCCAACACCCCUGUGGUCACCCCGGUGGUGGCACCAACUGUCAUUGAUGGCCCUGCUGGAAGCCCUCCGGAGGUCAUUGAGCACUCGGACUCGGCGUCCAAUACCCCCGCGGUCACCCCGGACUUGGCGCCAACUGUCAUCGAUACAGAUGACAUUCUCAUUCCCGGACCGAACAACCCAUGCUGGGCUUGCAACAAUGCAGAGUUGCCCUGCACGACCCGGUUCAACAACAGAACUGGGAAAGGCCUUCUCUCCUGUGUUUUCUGCAACACAAAGAAGGUAAAGUGUUUUUCCGUCACCCUCGGAAGUCCACCGAAACGGUCGUGGGGUAAGUCGACCACCCGGAAGGCCAGGUCCCGGACACCUUCCAAAGCUCCGUCCACCUCCCAACCAAAGGCCCGGACCCGCAGCCAAUCUCGUGGUGUAGCCGGAGCUGUCAAGGCACCCGCCCCACCACCUACACCCUCACCUGCACCAGCUCCAAUUGCGUCUUCGAGUGCCCGCGUGCCUCGUGCGGCUCUCGACGUCCCUAUGCCGGACCUCCAUUCCAUGGCAAGAAGUAUUCGCGAUAGUGCCGAACGCAUCAAGGCUCUUGAGGAUCUUGUUGCCGAGCAGGGCAGCCAUAUUGAUACCCUCAGCAGGCUCCAUGAGAGCCUUCGACGCCAAACCAUGGAACCCCAUCCCUCAUUUCCCCUUCCCACCACUCCGGCAAUUGCAACGUCUUUGUUGCUUGAUCAAUCCAUCGCUGGAACAACGUCACCCUCCCAAUCCGCACUCCCUCCUCUCAUUGAUAUUUCAAUUGCAGUGGAGCCCACACCCUCGAAAAUUGAGGAUCGCUCUGCCAUCGAGGGUCUUUCAUUUGAGCUGAGCCAAGUUCAACCAGCCCCGGACCUAUCACCUACUCCCUCAACUGCCGGAGCAAUUUUGGUGCCGGAUGAUCCACGCAACCUUGUCCCGGAAUACGAUUCUGGUGAUGAGAUGGAUGUUGAGGUGAAGGUUGAAGUUGAAGGUGGUGAUGAGGGUCAUCUGGUCAAGGUUGAAGGUGAAGGUGAUGAUGAGGGUCAUCUGGGCGAGAAUGAAAUCGAGUUCCGGGUAACUAAUACUGACGUCCAGGUAACUGAUAUCGACAUCCGGGUAACAUCCAUCGACAUCCGGGCAACUGGUAUCGAGUUCUGGGCAUCGAGCACCAAGUUCCGGGCAGCUAAUACCGACAUCCGGUGUGAAGUACCGAGUUCCGAGUUCCGGGCAUCGAGUUCCAAGGUCCGGGCAUCGAGUUCCAAGUACCGAGUUCCGAGGUCCGGGCAUCGAGUUCCGAGUUCCGGGCACCAAGUUGUAUUUCGGUGCUCGAUGCCCGGAACUCGGUGCCUGGACCUCGGAACUCGGUACUCGGAACUCAAUGCCUGGACCUCGGAACUCGAUGCCCGGAACUCGGAACUCGUGCUCAAUGCCUGGAACUCGGAACUCGAUGCCUGGACCUCGGAACUUGAUGCCCGGACCUUGGAACUCGGUACUCGGUCAUUUGUCCAAUUUAAGACAUCCCUGGAACUCCAUAUCAGUUACCCGGAUGUCAAUAUCAGUUACCUAGACGUCGAUGGAUGUUACCCAGACAUUGGUGUCAGUUACCCGGACAUCAGGAUUAGUUACCCAGAACUUGGUACUCGGUAUUAG